UCUGGGUUUUAUAUUUCGCUUUGGAAUUGGAUCUUAUUAGUUCUUCACAUAAAAGGAGAAUAAAAAAACAUGCUUUAUUAAAACAUUCCAUUGCAUCGACCUCGCUUGCCGCUGAUCGCCGAUUCUCUCUACUCCAAUUCCACUUUUAUUCCGGCGGAGUCCCGGCGAGAUCUAUCAUCAGGAAGCGGUCCUUUGUGACCAUGGGCACCGAAUACCCCAAUCGACCAACCUUUCCCUCAAGGCCUGCUACUACACCUUUUGGUGUUCCGCAGAGUGCAAGUCCUUUUCAAUCAUCUGUUCCAGUAGUUGGAUCUGAUGCUUCUGCUUUUCGGCCUGCUCCUCCUACUUCUUCUCCAGCUAUGUCAUCUCCGUCUUCAUCUGGCCCCAUGGUUGGACCAGGGACCUCUACUUUUAGACCGAUGCCGCCCGGUAUGCCACCUCCAACAUCGGCACCUCCAUAUGGGCUGACAGGCACUGGCCCUUUCCAGCGUUUCCCAGCACCGCAGUUUCCUUCUACAGCUCAGGUACCACCUCCACGCACUUCAGUGCCGGGACAGCCUGUUUUAGCACCCCCAGUUAGACCUGUUUCAGGUCCUUUCUCACCACCUCCUGUUGCCCAUCAUCCACAAAUCCAACCUCCUCCAGUUCCGAUGGGAUCUCCCCCUCAAGGUGCAAGUACACUGCAGCCUAGACCAAAUGUUCAUCAGGCAUCCAUACCAUCCCAGUUUUCUGCUGCCAGAGCAACCAUGCAGCCGUCUUCUCCUCCAGCUAGUUUAGUUUAUCCUGCUGCUAGACCUGGCUUUCAAUCUUCUUUUCCUGGGUAUAUAAGUCAGCAGCCUUCAGGGUUUACACAGGCUCCACCUAGACAAUCAGUAUCAUAUCCUUCUCAGCCAGGCAGCUAUGUCCCACCAGUGCCAGCAGCUUCUACCCCAUAUCUUGCUCAACAAGGAGGCUAUGCAGCACCACCACCUCUAACAUCUCAACAUCCAGGAUCGACGCCUCCUAUGUCAGCUAUUCAGGGUUUGGUGGAAGACUUCAGUUCCUUUUCUAUUGGGUCUGUUCCAGGAUCAUUUGAUUCCGGCCUUGAUUCUAAAGUCUUACCGAGACCAAUUGAAGAUGACCCUGAGCAGAACGUUUUGUCUGAUAUGUAUCCCAUGAACUGUAGUUCUAGAUUUUUGAGGCUAACAACUAGUGGCAUUCCGAAUUCUCAGUCUUUGGCUUCAAGGUGGCACUUAUCUCUUGGAGCAGUUGUUUGUCCUCUCGCCGAGGCUCCUGAUGGGGAGGAAGUUCCUGUAGUUAAUUUUGCCCCAACUGGUAUCAUCCGCUGUAGAAGGUGUCGCACUUAUGUAAAUCCUUAUGUGACAUUUACUGAUAGUGGAAGAAAGUGGAGAUGUAACAUAUGUGCAUUGCUUAAUGAAGUUCCUGGUGAAUAUUUCGCCCAUUUGGAUGCCAGUGGCAGAAGAGUCGAUUUGGAUCAAAGGCCUGAACUUACCAAAGGUAGCGUGGACUUUAUUGCUCCGGCUGAGUACAUGGUCCGGCCUCCGAUGCCACCCCUGUACUUUUUUCUCAUCGAUGUAUCUGUGACUGCUGUGAGAAGUGGAAUGCUUGAGGUUUUAGCACAAACAAUCAAGAACUGUUUGGACAGCUUGCCUGGAUAUCCCAGAACACAGAUCGGGUUUAUAACUUAUGACAGUACAGUACACUUUUACAACAUGAAGUCGUCCUUCACUCAACCUCAAAUGAUGGUCAUGUCAGAUCUCGAAGAUGUAUUUGUGCCAUUGCCAGAUGAUCUCCUUGUCAACUUGUCAGAAUCAAGAACUGUGGUCGAUGCAUUUCUAGACAGCCUUCCCUCAAUGUUUCAGGAUAAUGUAAAUGUGGAGUCAGCUUUUGGUCCAGCUCUUAAAGCAGCCUUCAUGGUUAUGAGCCAACUUGGCGGUAAAUUGCUGAUCUUUCAAAGCAGUCUUCCAUCACUUGGUGUUGGCCGCUUAAGACUGCGAGGAGAUGAUCUUCGUGUUUAUGGAACUGAUAAAGAGCAUACAUUGAGAGUCCCUGAAGAUCCUUUCUAUAAACAGAUGGCUGCUGAUUUCACUAAGUAUCAGAUAGCAGUCAAUAUAUAUGCUUUCAGUGACAAAUAUACUGACAUAGCUACAUUAGGGACGCUUGCGAAGUAUACAGGUGGUCAGGUAUACUACUAUCCAAGUUUUCAAGCUUCCAUUCACAAAGAUAGAUUUUAUCAUGAGUUAACCCGAGAUCUUACAAGGGAAACUGCUUGGGAGUCUGUCAUGCGUAUAAGAUGUGGAAAAGGUGUCCGUUUUACAACUUAUCAUGGGAACUUCAUGCUGAGAUCCACUGAUCUAAUAGCACUUCCUGCUGUCGACUGUGAUAAAGCAUAUGCAAUGCAGUUAUCCCUUGAAGAAACACUACUCACUUCCCAGACAGUAUUUUUCCAAAUUGCUUUACUAUACACAUCAUCUUCUGGAGAAAGGCGCAUUAGGGUACACACGGCAGCAGCACCUGUUGUUUCAGAUUUAGGAGAAAUGUAUCGCCUGGCUGAUACUGGUGCCAUCAUUUCUCUUUUUACCAGGCUUGCAAUUGAGAAAACUCUGACCUCUAAAUUGGAAGAGGCUCGAAAUUCUGUUCAACUCAGGAUUGCGAAAGCUCUUAGAGAAUAUCGAAAUCUCCAUGCCGUGCAGCAUCGUGUGGCUGGAAGGAUGAUAUAUCCAGAAUCUUUGAAGUACUUGCCAUUAUAUGGAUUAGCUUUAUGCAAAUCAACAGCCCUCCAUGGUGGAUUUGCUGAUGCUCAGCUUGAUGAACGAUGUGCUGCUGGAUAUACCAUGAUGGCUUUGCCCGUUAAAAGAUUGUUGAAGCUUCUGUAUCCUAAAUUGAUCCGUAUAGAUGAAUAUCUUCUAAGAAAACCAUCUUCACCUGAGGAGUCUAAAGACAUCUUGAAAGGGAUUCCACUUACAAAAGAGAGCUUAGAUCCCCAGGGUCUCUAUCUCUACGAUGAUGGUUUCCGGUUUGUCAUCUGGUUUGGUAGAAUGCUUUCUCCUGAUAUGAUCAAGCACUUGCUCGGAGAAAACUUUGCUGCUGACUACUCUAAGGUUUCACUUCAAGAGCUAGAUAAUGAAAUGUCAAGAAAACUGUUGGGCUUGCUUAAAAAGCAAAGGGAGAGUGACAGAUCAUAUUAUCAACUAUGCCAUCUUGUGAGGCAAGGUGAACAGCCUAGAGAAGGCUUCUUCUUGCUUGCACAUCUAAUUGAGGACUCAGUUGGUGGCUCUAAUGGUUAUCAGGAUUGGAUUCUGCAAUUACACCGGCAAGUCCAGCAAAAUGCAUAAUUUAAGGAUUCCCAACUCUUCACGCUUUUAUGGUCUAGAGUGCGGAUUCCAGAAUAAGUUGGUCUAGUUGUCAGCUCCAACUAUGGAUGGUUCAUCCAAUGAGCAAAAGCUUCCAUGGAAGAAAUCUGCUGUUAGUGUUAAUUGACAUAAUUGAUUGCUGCGCUACCUGAUUUGCCGUGUAACAUUAGUUGAAGAACUAAUAUUUUCUCUCUUCUCAUGUUGGGAUCAUUUCAUACACCUGGACCAGUCGUCCAUUAAGAUGAGGAAGGGAUAUUAAGAUUGUGCUCGUCCUUGUGUGCUAGCGCUGUCCCCUUUGGUUGGGGUGAACAACAUGAAAGGAAUGCUAAUUAACUAGUAUUUACUUUCAUAUGUUGGUCUGGUUAGAGUGGGAUGAGAUUAAAUAUAAUAAUAUUGCAGUUAAUUAAAUUAUUUUUUGGAUCUUGUUGUGGGGAUAGGGUGUGCCUUUUCAGUGGGAUUUAUUUGGACUUUUGUAGAGAUCUUGUACAUUGCAUUUCUUUGCAAUAAUCCAAUAUUUGCUGCCCAUAAUGAAUUUUUUGUUGAGCUGAAAUGUAAUGCGGAUGGUUAUUACUCUC